AUGAAAGUAUAUUGCAACAUUUUUGGAUUCUGCUUUUUUAUAUCCUUAUGGAUUCCUUCUAUACGGGGCAUAGAUAACCCACAAGAAGAUUUUAUGGACAGAUUUGAUAUCCUAAACAACCAUGUAAACAUAAAAUGGACGAACUCUGGAUCACUAGGAAAAGGGGAUUUCAAAUUUGAUAUUUAUGAUGAAGAUAAUAUAAAUUCUAAGUUUAAUACUUUAGAAAGUGCACAACUUUGUUCAAAUCAUGAAAAUGAUGGGAUAUAUAGAGGUAGUUGCCCAGAUUACGGAAAAACAUUUUCGAUGAACUUGGAUAAAGAUGAAUAUAAUGAAGAUUUCUUAAAUGAAAUUAGUUUGGGCUUAUUAAAUAAGAAGUUGUUGAUUGAUUUGGAAAUCCCAGUUAAUAUGAGUGGGCUAGCUAUGUACCAAGGUUUGUUUGCAAAUUGUCCUUAUGACAAAAAUCAUGCUAAUGAUAUAAAAAAUGAAAAAGAGUAUGAUAUGUGUUUUGAUAAAUUCUAUAGAAAUAAACAGAAUAUAUCUACAAGAAUUAAAAAACAGCUGUUAAUAAGUAAAUAUACAUAUUUUGGAUCACAUGGGUUAGGGGGUAGAUUAGGUUCUAAUACCGAAUAUCCUUUACACAUUUAUAAUCCAAUUGAAAAUUAUAAAACAAAACAAAUGAGAUAUCCUAAAUUAGUCGAAACUUUGGAAGACUGUUCGAUAUAUUCUCAUUGUAUCGGGCCAUGUUUUGAUAGAGAUUUUGAUAACAAAUGCUUUCGCGAUUUACCUGUAGCUUUUAAUCACAAAACAAAGGAAUGUAUAAUAAUAGGAACUCAUGAAGAAAAAAAAACAAAAAAUUGCAACUCAGACCAUUCUAGAAAUAAUGGUAGAUGUUUUUCAUCUAUAAAAAAAGAAAAGGGAAAAGAUUGGACAUAUGUAUCUUCUUUUUUGCGUCCAGAUUAUGAAACAAAGUGCCCACCAAGAUACCCACUAAAUAAUAGUGAAUUUGGUUACUUUAAUUAUAAUACCGGAAAAUGUGAAUCACCUACAAAGUUAUACGAUAAUACCGUAAUUAGCUUUAAUCAAUGUAUUGAGAAAUUGUUUAGCUUUAAUUAUGCGAAUGAAAAUCCAGAUCAAAAAAGGAGUAAUUAUUUAUGGGGAGUUUGGGUUUUAGAAAAUAAACAAAAUAAACUAAAUUCAAUGAAUGAUUUGGGUGUGUGUGUAUUAUUAAAAGAAAGGCCAACAUGUGUUUUAAAAAAACAAAAUUAUUACUCCUUUACUAAUUUAACAGCAAACUAUUUUGAUAAUAAUCAAAAUAUUGAGUAUCCAGAUAUCGAAAAUGUCAAAAUAGGGAAAAAUCGAAAUUCUGAAUUGAGUGGAAAUCUAACAUAUAAUGAUAAAAAGUUUAAAAAUUCCAAUAUAAAUAAAGGAAUGGUAAUAAGUAUGAAUGAUAUUAGUGAAAUAAAAGAAAAUAGUAAACUCCAAACUAAUAAACGCAACGAAGGAAAAAAGACAAAAUAUGGAUUAUAUAAUUAUCCGAUUACCCCAAUAUCAUAUCUUCAAAUAAAUCAUAAAAGGGAAUUAACAAAAAAAUAUAUGUAUUUUGAAAAUUCUUUAACCCCUUCUCAUAAUACGGGUGCUUCAAUCCGUUAUGAAGGGAAUAAUAGACUUGGCAUUGACGCAAAUAACAACAGGAGGAAUACAUAUGGAACUCAGGAUAUAAAUUUAAAAAGAAAUAAUAAUUAUAAACAACCAAAAAAUAAACUUAAUCCUCAAGCCGAAUAUAUGGAUAGGUUUGAUAUUGAAAAAAAUCAUAUAUAUAUUGAUUGGAAACAAGAUGGUAAAUAUGGAAGCGAUAAAUUAAAAUAUAAUAUAAUAUCACAUGAAACCGCUAAUACUGUUCAAUCAUUAUUAAUUACCGACAAAAAUGACAUAUGCCCUAACCAUUAUUCUCCUGGAAGAGCACAAGGAAGUUGUCCUAAUUAUGGUAAAUCGAUUAUUGUUAAAGCACUUGAAGGUACUAAUGGAGAUGAAUAUUUUAAUUUAAAUUUUUUAAAUGAAAUACGUACUGGGUACCUUAACAGAUAUAUGAAAUAUGAUGUUGAACUUCCAUAUGAGAAAAGUGGAUUAGCUAUGCAUCAUGGUGAUUUAAAUGAAUGCCCCAAAUCUUUGGAUGAAGAAAAUUUGUAUAAAAUAAAAAGUGAUUAUAAUUAUGGUAUGUGCAAAAGUACUGUACUUAAAUCGAAUGUACCAUUUAAAACGUAUAAUUAUAGAACUAAAAAACUGUUAUAUUUUGGUCUUUAUGGUUUAGGGGGGCGAUUGGGAUCUAAUAUGUCAAAAAUAAAAAAUAUAUUUAAAUCACGCCCAAAUAACAUAACAUUACCAAUGUUUAAUCCAUCAUUAAUAAAAAAUUUACUUGAUUGCUCAUUAUAUAGUUAUUGUUUAGGUCCGUGCCUGGAAAAUGCAUAUAAUAAUAAAUGUUUCCGUAAUUUGCCAGCAUAUUUUAAUCAUGAAACAAAAGAAUGUGUAAUAUUAGGAACACACGAACAAGAAAGAGUUAAUGAUUGUAGAAAGAGGAAAGAGGAUAUAAAUAAACCUAAUUGCCAAGAUGUUAGAAAAACUCCAUUAUCAAAAGAUUGGACAUAUGUCACUUCAUUUAUUAGACCAGACUAUGAAGAGAAAUGCCCACCAAGAUAUCCUCUCAAAUUUAAAAGUUUUGGAAAAUAUGAUGAAGCAACAGGAAAAUGCAAAAGUCUUAUAAAUAAAGAGUAUAUCAUUGAUAUUCCUUGGUUUGCUUCUUGCUUAGAAUAUAUGUUCAUAAUGUCUCCUGAUGUUUCACAGAGAAGCGAAAAAAAAAGAUAUUGGGGUGUGUGGAUUGCAGACAAAUCUGUUAAUUCGAGUAAUUUGGAUGAAGCUAAAGGAAAAUGUUAUUAUAUAACUGAAAAACCUAAUUGUGUUAUUGAUAAAGUAAAUCAUUUCUCAUUUACUUCCCUCACAACAAAUGAUAUUGAUUUUGAUCAAAAUAUUAAUCUCGAAAAACUUGAUGAAUUAGUUAUAAAUAAUGACCAAUCAUCUUCACAUAAUAGAGCAAAAUAUAAUAAGCCUAUUGGAAAUUAUGAAUAUACUAUUGUAAGAAAACAUAAGAGUUCUCCUGAACAUUCUAGUAGUGUAAACACUAACAGUUAUACACAAAAUAGGAUGGAAGAAAAAUUUGCAAAGGAAAUAGAUUCUACAAGAAGUACCGAUAGAUCGAGAAUGGAUGAGGUGAUAAGGGUACGUGAAGAAGCUGAAAAGAACGCUAAGAUAAUAAGGAAAUUUGAAGAAUUAAGAAUUGCUGAUAUGAUAAAGAAACGUAAAGAGGCUGGAGAGAAUGCUGAGGAAGUUAAGAAAGCAGAAGAAGAAAGAAAAAGAAUUGAAGCUGCAAAGAAAGUAGAAGAGGAAAGAAAAAAAGCUGAAGCUGCAAAGAAAGCAGAAGAAGAAAGAAAAAGAAUUGAAGAAGCUAAGAAAGUAGAAGAGAAAAGAAAAAAAGAUGAAGCUGCAAAGAAAGCAGAAGAGAAAAGAAAAAAAGAUGAAGCUGCAAAGAAAGCAGAAGAGAAAAGAAAAAAAGAUGAAGCUGCAAAGAAAGCAGAAGAGAAAAGAAAAAAAGAUGAAGCUGCAAAGAAAGCAGAAGAAGAAAGAAAAAGAAUUGAAGAAGCUAAGAAAGUAGAAGAGAAAAGAAAAAAAGAUGAAGCUGCAAAGAAAGCAGAAGAGAAAAGAAAAAAAGAUGAAGCUGCAAAGAAAGCAGAAGAGAAAAGAAAAAAAGAUGAAGCUGCAAAAAAAGUAGAAGAAGAAAGAAAAAGAAUUGAAGAAGCUAAGAAAGUAGAAGAGAAAAGAAAAAAAGAUGAAGCUGCAAAGAAAGCAGAAGAGAAAAGAAAAAAAGAUGAAGCUGCAAAGAAAGCAGAAGAGAAAAGAAAAAAAGAUGAAGCUGCAAAGAAAGCAGAAGAGAAAAGAAAAAAAGCUGAAGCUGCAAAGAAAGCAGAAGAGAAAAGAAAAAAAGAUGAAGCUGCAAAGAAAGCAGAAGAGAAAAGAAAAAAAGAUGAAGCUGCAAAAAAAGUAGAAGAAGAAAGAAAAAAAGCUGAAGAAGCUAAGAAAGCAGAAGAAGAAAGAAAAAGAAUUGAAGAAGCUAAGAAAGUAGAAGAGAAAAGAAAAAAAGAUGAAGCUGCAAAAAAAGUAGAAGAAGAAAGAAAAAAAGCUGAAGCUGCAAAGAAAGCAGAAGAAGAAAGAAAAAGAAUUGAAGAAGCUAAGAAAGCAGAAGAAGAAAGAAAAAGAAUUGAAGAAGCUAAGAAAGUAGAAGAGAAAAGAAAAAAAGAUGAAGCUGCAAAGAAAGCAGAAGAAGAAAGAAAAAGAAUUGAAGCUGCAAAGAAAGUAGAAGAAGAAAGAAAAAGAAUUGAAGAAGCUAAGAAAGCAGAAGAAGAAAGAAAAAGAAUUGAAGAAGCUAAGAAAGCAGAAGAAGAAAGAAAAAGAAUUGAAGAAGCUAAGAAAGUAGAAGAGAAAAGAAAAAAAGAUGAAGCUGCAAAGAAAGCAGAAGAAGAAAGAAAAAGAAUUGAAGCUGCAAAGAAAGUAGAAGAAGAAAGAAAAAGAAUUGAAGAAGCUAAGAAAGCAGAAGAAGAAAGAAAAAGAAUUGAAGAAGCUAAGAAAGUAGAAGAGAAAAGAAAAAAAGAUGAAGAAGCUAAGAAAGCAGAAGAAGAAAGAAAAAGAAUUGAAACUGCAAAGAAAGUAGAAGAAGAAAGAAAAAAAGCUGAAGCUGCAAAGAAAGCAGAAGAAGAAAGAAAAAGAAUUGAAGCUGCAAAGAAAGUAGAAGAAGAAAGAAAAAGAAUUGAAGCUGCAAAGAAAGCAGAAGAAGAAAGAAAAAGAAUUGAAGAAGCUAAGAAAGCAGAAGAAGAAAGAAAAAGAAUUGAAACUGCAAAGAAAGUAGAAGAAGAAAGAAAAAAAGCUGAAGCUGCAAAGAAAGCAGAAGAAGAAAGAAAAAGAAUUGAAGCUGCAAAGAAAGUAGAAGAAGAAAGAAAAAGAAUUGAAGCUGCAAAGAAAGCAGAAGAAGAAAGAAAAAGAAUUGAAGAAGCUAAGAAAGCAGAAGAGGAAAUAAAAAAAGACAGCAAUCUUGCUGAAAAAAAAAUUUCGAGUAGUAAUUAUGAAACGCGCCAUAUUGAUGAUAAUAGUUUUAAAAAAUUAGAUGAAGCAGAGUAUAAAUCAAGAAAUAUUGAUAGUACACGGAAUAAAAUCAUAAGCAUGUCAAAGGAAAAUAUGUGUAUUAACGACAUUUCAUCAAAAUAUUGUGACUAUAUGAAAGACAAAAUAUCAUCUGGAAGUUGUUCGAAUGAUGAAAGGAAACAAUUAUGCUGCUCAAUAUCAGAUUAUUGCUUAAACUAUUUUGAUUAUAAUUCAAAUAAAUAUUAUGAUUGUACAAAGAGGGAAUUUUCAGAUCCUUUAUAUAAAUGCUUUAGUAAAGAGGAAUAUUCAAAAACGGUUUAUUUUGCUGGGGCGGGAAUAAUAAUGUCCAUCCUGAUUGCCAUAUGUUUAAAACUUAUAGGAGGAAGAUGGUUUAAGGAAGUUGCUUUUGAUGAAAUUGUUGAAGAUUAUGAUAAAGUCUAUACGUUAGCUAUGAUAUCUAACGAACAAAUAUAG